AUGGGUUCUAACCUCACCAAAAGAGGGAACUUUGGGUGUCUCUACUUCUUCUUCAAGUCCUCUCUCAAUCCCCCCUUCUCCUUCCUUCUUACCACCCAAAAUCCAACAUGGUAUCAGAGCUGAAUUCUUGAGGGAUCUGUGAGAGUUUGUUUUUUGAGGGAACACCAGAAAAAAACCCACCUUUCUCAUUGUUUUCAAACGGUUCUUCAUGUGAAACCCCUCUUGCUUGGCCAAAAUCUUGCAACUAAAAAAGCUGUGAAGAUGGAAGCAUAUGUUAGUCCCACCAUGGGAGAUGUCAAGGAGAGGAAAACUGGAUUCAAAGAGAAGGUGUUCAUGUUUGUUUCCAAAAUCAGUCCAAAAGGCAAAUCAUGGUUGAUGGAAUGGGAAACUGAGCACAAGAACUCUGUUUCAUGGUAUAUUCUACAUCCAUCUUUCACGUUUGAUAUGGAUAUGUUUUGAGUUUUCCCAAGAAAACUCUUCAUGGAUGUGGCUUUGAUGUUCCAAACUCCCAUGGCUUCAUGGCAAAGAAUGUUUGAUGGAGACCACGACAAAGGAAAACUGGGCACAACAUCUCAGUUUCAUUGUGUGUUCUUCUACCAUCUUUUAUGUUUGUAAUUCUGAAUGUUAUGAGUUUUUUUCAUAUAAAAAAAAAAAAAAAACUCUUCAUGUUUAUGUAGUUGUGAACUCCAUUGCUUUAUAGCAAAGAAGUUUGGUGGAGGAGAAAAAAUAACAACUCCAGAAUGUA